AUGGGAGGAUUCCGGUACACCUUAUUUGCCGUACUGUUGCUGGCCUCGUUAACCCACGGUGCAAAGCGUAAAGUGGCUUGUAAAAACUGCUUGAAAAAUAAGGUUGCCCACCACAACGGUAACCGAUUGAUAGCGAGUCCAAUAAACUUAUUAAACCCUGAUCGGUACGAGUUCUUCACAUUGGACGACAAAGGGAAAGUUGUAAAGCGCAUCAUGACCUUUAAUGAAAUCCAGAGCAUUGUUGCUGGAAGUGACAUCAGUGAACUCAAGCUGUUCACCAACGGUAACAAUAACGAACGCAUUGUGUCUAGCGUCGUUUCGAAUGUGCGCAACGUGCUAAACAACGAACUUAAUCUCAUGAAUGGGCACGAAGGUGUUGACUUCGUUACAACGGAGCUUUCCAUUUCGGAUGUGAUUAGCGUACAGCGUGAGCCUAUUACGAGCUCAACGGCUGGUUCAUCGGAUCAAAUGAACGAGGGACCGUCGGAAAGACCUACAACGGAAAUACCGACGACAAGACAAACGGAACAUCCGUCCGAGAGGCCUGUAGAAAGUAUACUACAACAAUCGGAGUUAAUUACAUUGCUUAAGAGCACCGUAAAACAUGAGGCACUAAACACAACUGACCGGACGACGGAGAUUACCACGGAACCAACAACGACGUCCAGUGCAACAGAACAAACAACAAGGUCAACGACUGCUCAACCGACAGCAAGCACGACGGAAAGAGCGACGACAGUGCGUACAACAGCGCGUACCACUCAACGCCCAACCGAGGGAUCUCCACUGAAGACAACGAUAGUAGUUUCUUCAUCCCGACCUGCCCUGAAAACAACGGAACAGUCAACUGAACAUUCCUCAACCAGACCGACGACCGAAAAACCACAGACAACUAGAACAAAGACACAUCCAACUGAACGGCCAACGGAAAAGUUCGCUACACAACACGUGAAGUCAACAGUGGCCACCACAAACAUUCGACCAAUAGAAAUAGAGGUGGUCAAAGUAACAGAACGACCAAUGCUCCUUCCGGUGGAGUCUUCUACUCAGCCAACUGACGAAAGGUCGACGGAAAACUAUAGUGAAAAUAUGGUUACUGAAUCUUCUGAAAAGUCGGUUGAGGAAUCCAUUUAUCCAAUAGAAGCUUCGGUGGAAAUUUCAUCCGAGGAAUCAACAGAAUUUACUAUUACAAAAGCUCCUCAAAUUUCAUCCCAAUUUUCCACUAAAAUAGAAAAUGAAAGCGACUCGGACUAUUCCACCGAAAGCAGUAGUGGUAGCAUAACCACUGCAUCGUUGAUAUCAGGUUUUUUGGCAAGUGCCAGUCUGCACCCUUACAAAAAACCGGUCAGUGCUGAAGAACCGUCGAUGUCACAAACAACUGAAUCCGAUGACCCAGCCGGAACGCUCAAGGAUUUAAUUUCGACCAGUACUAAGUUUGAAGACGAUUCUUCAGAAACAUUCAAAACACCAACGGAAUCGGACACAUUGUUAACUGAUGCAAUUGCUCAAUACAUUACCAACAUUCAGAGAGAGCCAGUCGUUACCAGCUUGUUUGAGGAGGUGAACGAUGAUAACGUAGAGAGAUCGACAGCAACAGCACACACCGAAGAAACUACCCUCGGAAUGACCGCUUCUUACGAAGCACUACCAACUACUACUGUACUCGAAGCAGAAAAUGAUUUACAUUUGGAGGACUCGACCGAAGCAGAAAAUGAUUUACAUUUGGAGGACUCGACCGAAGCAAGCAAUGAGGAGUCGGAAAAUAUUCAAUCCUCUACUUGGGAACUGCCUGAGGUUGAUGUCACCACAACAGAAAAUUUGAAAUUCCAACCACCACAAACGGAUAUCGUAUCAUCCGAUGCACAGCAAGCCCUCCAUAAGAUUAUCGAAUCCUUGCAGUUUCCAGAUGAUGGGGCUGACAGCAAGGAAACAGACAUGAAAUUGGCCCAAAGCACUAUGGUUCCCGAGAUGGAUGUUGGACCGCUCACCUAUGAUACCGAUGCACAAAACUCGAUUAACGCCAUCAUUCAGUCUUUGGGGCAAGGAUCCCUGUUUUCUGACGAAAAUUCGAUCAUAUCCGUAACUACCGAUGAAACUACUAGGUUCACUACGGUGACAGCAGAGACUACACCAAAUACUACACCAUCAACAACAACCGCAUCAACGACAACAUCGACAGAAAAAACUACUACGACCACGCAAAGACCGUCCUCUACAGCAUAUUCAACAUUUUCAGUUCCGGUUUCCAAAACGGCUUCUGCUACAGAAUCGUCUGAAACAAAUUUAUCCAACAACAUCAAUUACAACACAAACAUAAUGGACACGAUUGAAAAGUUUCUCAGUAAGUUUGCAGGUCUGCCCAACCCUGAAACGUAUUCGGUGAAUAUGACAAAGAUGGAUGUUUUGAGCGACUUUCCUUCCGAGAUAAAUAUGACUGAUUACCUUGAUCGUACGGCAACAGUGGCGUCGGUUCUGAAAUUUCCCCACACGAAGCCUGUUCAACUAGACCGGCCAUUGACUAAUCGAGACAGUGUACCAGAGGAACCAGAACUUUUUGAGGACACACCAGUGGAAUCAAUGUUGAACGAGACGGUGGCUUCGUUUAUGAAACUUGGCGAAAUGCUCACGAUGGGCAGCAUUAUCAAUACUUCCCCCGAGCCGACACAGGUGCAGGUGGAAUUGAAGACCGUCGUAGACGAAGAGGAAACGGAGCUGUUGCGGUUUCUUUCAAUCUGUGGAAACUUGGGCACCAACAUGUACCGUGAUUUGACGGAUAUAUCGUUACAUAGUCGCAGUCUGGUGUAUUCCCCUUUCGCGACUAUCACUACCUUAUCGAUGCUUUUUCUCGGAACCCGCGGCACAACGGCGGAAAGCAUAAAUGGAGUCAUUGGGCUGGAUGAAAUGACUUCCUUUAAUCCGCAUCUGUUCUUUAAAUCCAUCGCCGAUGAUUUGCAGCCUCGUUACCGUCGCAAAGCCGUUCCAACCUUCGAAGGGUCUUCUUUUUCUCGCACGCUGUUGAGCGAUAGGACACAAGGCGGACUGCAGCGAUUUUUCAAAGCACGUGUUCAAGAAAUCUAUUCUGCCGUUGCGGAACCGAUCGAUUUUCAUCAAAAAGACGAAAUACUGCGGCAUAUGAGUGGAGAUUUUCCUAGGGAGUACGUGGAUACCCUGAAACAGUUGCGAGCACCGUUGAUAUCGAUAAGCAGAAACCGUUAUCGGCACGAAUGCAACAGUGCAACGUUGUACGGUGUGAUGAAUUUUCAGCGAAGUUCGGCAGAAACCAUAUCGACCGUCGCCCUGCCCAGCGUAACGUUCCGAUCGGGAUUCUCGACUGGUUUCUCGAAGUCACUGAACGCUACGAUUGUAUCUUUACCAGGAUCAACCAGUAAUAUUUCAGUUUUUUUCCUGAAACCUGCAGAAAUUAGCGGUCGUUCUGACAAUAGACUCGAAGCACUGGAAGCCCACAUUCACACGCAGAGCAUUUCCAACGUCCUAAAGCUGUUCCCAGAUGAAACAGUGCGCACUGCUUACGCCGAAGUACAGUUGCCGCAUUUCACGCAGACCAGCAUGUACAAUAUGAGUCGCAGCAUUCGGCAGCUAGGACUGGAGAAUUUGUUCCAAUCGGAUACGGCCAACUUCAACGGGCUUCAAGAUUCGACCAUUUCAAACAUGUACCUGUCCGAAACCAUCCAAACCGAUUCAUUUGCCUUGUGUGGCAGGGACGAACUAGCGACAAAAUCUUCGGUUGUGUUCCACAGUUUCUCAACUAACUUACCGAAACAUCCUUCUAUAGUUGCAAUUGGAAAUUCCACGGCGAAACGGAUCGUACGGAACAGUCGUCGCAAAAACCGGUCAAUGUCCGAGGUUGCGCGGGCUUACGACAGCAUGCUAGUAUUUGACACACCCUUUUUGUACUUAGUGAGACACAAUCCAACAGGUUUGCUUCUGUACGUAGGGCGAUUCCUGGGAUAA